AACUUCACCGUCUCUGCAGGUAAAUCUGCGCCCCUGCACACAGCUGAUCAUACAGUUGGCUUCCUGGAGUAAAAAGGGUGUGGACACUGGACACGGUCAGCUAGACCAAAUAAGAAAAAGUAAAGUCCGGUUUGAUUUAUUUAAAAAGAGACACAGUUGUCAGGGUCGACUCCGGCUUCCGGGAUACCAAUUUGUAAUCAGCGUUACAGCAACGGGAGAGAGAGGCACAGCUUGAUCAAUGGAAAUCUCUCAACAAUACCAACAAGUUCCCUCUCUGUCUAACACCACGCCUGCUCCAGAUGAUUCACAGAGCGAUGAACCUCAGACCAGAGAGGACUUCUUAAAAUAUUACCGUCGCCUCACCCUGGACUCGAACACGGCCUACAGAGAGAUGGUUCUGUCUGAGGGGAACAGAAAGGUGGAGCUCACAGACAUGGUCCAGGAGUACCCUGAACACCCGGACCGGUUCUCUCACCUCUAUCAGGUGCUGUGUAAAGAGGGUCUGUCUGGACGCUGCUACUGGGAGGUGGAGUUCAAAGGCUCCGUUGAAAUAGCGAUGGCGUACAAAGAUCUCGGCAGAUCCGACUAUUACGCCGAGUGUGCGUUCGGCUGCAACGAUAAAUCCUGGAGUUUAAACAUAAACGGGAACGCAAAGUGUUUCAGACACAAGGACGAGGAGACCGCGGUGCCGGAGCCCAGGUCCUCCAGAGUCGGCGUGUACCUCGAUCACAAGGCGGGUCGUCUGACCUACUACUGCGUCUGUGACGCGGCGCUGCAGCUGCUGCACAGAGAAGAAACCACGUUCACAGAGCCGCUCUACCCCGGGCUGUGGGUCGUAGACUCCGCCCAGCUGUGUGACCUGGAGGAGAGGUCCAGUUAAACAGUGUCAUGUGACGCAGGGCAA